AGCAGCAGCAGCAACAGCAGCAGCACAAGUCAAAGGCUGACACAGUGGGUGUGAGAGGGGAGAAAUAACAGAAAAAGGGAUACACACCUCGGCUUGAGGUUAUAAUUAGCUUAGCUAUUUUCUCCAGGAGGAGCUGGACUUUCUCAGCAGUGGUCGAGCAAACCUGAAAACAAAGGUUUCUGCGGAGUCAAACUUCCCCACAUCUGGUUUGCUGGAGGACGGGGCGAGCCGAAGUCAGGCACUUUGGAGGCGGAGAGAAGGCUAUCUGUGCUGAAGAAAAUGCUCUGUAUUUUGGAGCUUAUAUCACCUGUAUAAACCGAGAAGAGUUUCUGACGUCGCGAAGAGACCCAAGUUUGGAGAGAAAGAGGACUCCAGCGGAGCUCGAGGUCCAGCGAAGGAGAUGAGAUGAAUUAGACCAAUAAAUAAACAUUUUUGGUUGCUUAAGUGUCGCAGACAGUGAGAAGCAGGCCCACGCCCAUGGAUGAGGAGAGGAGUGCCAUUACCAUCUCCGCAGAGCAACCUGAUAAUGAAAACCCUGACCUGCCAGCUCCAAGUUCAUGCACAGAGAGUGAGAGCAGCUCUACAAGUCCAGCCCCCUUUCCUGGUGAAGAUGAGGCCUACACCUACACUGAGCCCCUCAUAUUGAGGGUGAAUGGCACCCCUAAAAGGUUAUUAGAUGGCGAUGGUGAUGGAGGUAGUUGCAACACAACACCCAACGACAGCAUUACAUCUCAACCAGCUGCAAGAUCCACGCCCAUCCAUCAUACCCAGCCUUGCCGGUCACAGCCCGGCGGCCUGCUACGCAACGGAGUCAAGAGCCAUGAACACACGCACCCCACUCAGACGCACUGUCCACAUCACACGCACACAGCACACCUGCCCGGCCUUCAGUCCAACCCCGUCAGGAAUGGUGGCUCUCACAGGCAUCCCAAGCUGGGGUCGCUGCCGAGAGGAGGCUCCUCCACCUCAUCGUCAUCUUCUGCAGGACCCAAACACACCAAGAAACUGCGCUCAAACCCCUCCAUCACAUCCCAGGGCAGUAAGAGGAGCAAGAGCAGUUCAAAGAGUAACAGCUCCCAGAUUCCCACAGACGCACAGGAUGACUGCUGUGUUCACUGUAUCCUGGCCUGCCUCUUCUGUGAGUUCCUGACCCUCUGCAACAUUGUGCUGGACUGUGCCACCUGUGGCUCCUGCGCGGGCGACGACUCGUGUUUCUGCUGCUGCUGCGCAUCGGAGGAGUGCGGCGACUGUGACCUGCCCUGUGACAUGGACUGUGGCAUCAUUGACGCCUGCUGCGAGUCUGCAGACUGUUUAGAGAUCUGUAUGGAAUGCUGCAGUCUUUGCUUCUCGUCCUGAGGCAUCCAGCCACUGCCAGUCGGGGUCAAAGUACACAAGACAGAGAUAGCGAGGCCCAGGAGCAACUAAGAUCAGACGCAGUGCAAAGCUCGCUCGGUGUUCCCUGAGCAUCGGGAUUGAAAAUCUUAUCAGCGGGUGCAACUAGCUCUGUCCUACUCAUUAUUCAGGGUUUAUAAAGCAAAAAUAUGUGACCUAAUUAUUUCCUUUAUUGAUCACACGGCCUCCUCGCUUUGUCUGAGCUAUUGAUUCGUUCUCACUCAGUUGGCUGUGCAGGGCAGAGACAAUUUCAGCACUGAUCUGUGAGUGCAGGCCGAGCCUCUGUAGCUUCUCUGAACCAGCUAUUAUUACAAUGAAACCCCCAGCGCCGUUUGAAUUACUGGAGUUCUUCAAGCAUGAAAAGUGACCUCUAAAGGCAAAUGAGGAAAUGACUCCAUUUAACCGGAUUUUAGUGUUUCUGCAGAUAAGAGCAAUGGAAUAAUGGGGAACUGGUCGCUCAGAUCUCGGUAGAAACAUAGCCGGUCCUCCUGUCCUUGGCAAGGGUAAAGUCUUGAUGGGUUGCUGUGGCCUUUCUGGAAAACCCCGUUAAAAGGGAGAUGUCACAUUUUUUUUCUUUUGUUCUCCUCGUUGAACUGGACGCUGAAAUCUUAACUUGUUGCAAUAUGACACACAAAUCUCUGAUGGUAAUGUGUUGCUUUCCUUACCUGGCUUAAUUACAGAGGAAGCAUCCUAUAUCAGGCUAAAUAUAGGAACCAAAUGGGAAUCUUCAUAAAUGGACAUCAAUGAAAAAAAAUUGUUGAUAUGAUCGGCAAUGAACAUGUUUGUCUAUUCUUUUGUGAACGGAGAGCAUUCUUAUGCAAAGAUCUCUCCCCACUUAACAUUUCAAACUUUGUUUACUUCUACAUUUCUUAUCGAAGGACUUUUUUUUUCUUUUUCAAUGAAUGCCAGCUCAUCUGCUUUCUAAUACGUUUAAUUUUUCUAUCAUUUCUUCCAUGUGAAAAUGAUGGCCUUAAAUGGUCUGGAUCAGCUUAAAGCCUGAAUUUCCAAGUAGGUUCCUUGCCUUUCCCAAAAUCCCCAUUAAUCCUUGUUUGGCAGAUUUUAGUUAAGAUAUUUACAUUUUUUCAUCUAAUGUAAAGGGAAAAAAAAAUCAAAUUUCUGCGUUAUCGGUUUUUAGCUGGGCUCUCUGUAAAGCAGACUUAGCUCUGCGUCUAAUUUAAUUCCUCCACUGAAAAUCCUAUGAAAUUAUGCUAAGUUAGAUCCAUACGCUUACAGCAUGAAUGGUACAGUCUUGAUAAAAGCCGUGCACAGUCAUGUGCUGCAGCGCCUACCUUCUUUUCAAACCAAUACCUCUUAAGAUCGCACUUAGAUCAGUUGUGCAUUUUAAAGAGACUUGAUAGAAAUCUUUUUUUUUUUUUCCCCUCUGGUUUAAUACUGUUUGAGAAAUCCUUUGCCUUUGCUCCUUUGGGACUUUAGUCUUCAGGUUUUUAAUUACUUGUACAUAGAGGGGCUAAUGUGCGACACUAAUGUGUUUGAUAAGGCCCUAUUUUAUGGGCUGAAAUCUCUCACUGAUAAAAGAUACUCUAUUGUUGUAUUCAACUUGAUUGCAUCAUAGCAGCAAUGCAUUUGCUGGUUUAUUUUCAUAUAAUCCGAGGAGUUUAAGUAAUGCUUGAAAUGAUGAAUCAAACUGGAUGUGUGUCCCCUGAAACUAAUUUCUUUAAUAGCCUGGAGUGACCUGGAAACAGUGGGAUUUUUAGGAUGAUUUGUGUAGAUCAAAUCAUGCCGAAAGAUGAAAUGUACAGAAGUGUUAGCCAUGUUAGAUAUAUUUACAAAUCAUUCCAAGAGCAAAUUGUAAUUAUGGUACUUCUCAUAGGGAACUGUUCUCUGUCACCAGACCAUGGAAGCAUUGUGCUAAGUCUUUCCGCUGUGUACAUGCAGUCAUGUCAUGUAUGAAUACAAAUUAAGUAGGAAACCCGGGACAACUAACCCCAUAAUUAGUGUUACAACAUAGGGUGAAUAACAUAAGAAAAAAACGGGGCAAAACAAAAACGACAAAACAAACAAGAAGAAAUAAGGAGUUAAACAAAGCCAAUUAUGGAAAUGAAUGUACAGAUAACAGAUGACCUAAGUUUUAGGCACUGAGGAUAUCAGCAGGCAUAAUUCUAACAUUUUGAUAUCACUAUUAAAGAAAAUAAUAAACACAAUUAAAACAAAAAUAAUAGGUAAAUAAAAAAAAAUUCUUACCUUGGAUUAUGAUCAUUUGAAUUCAGUUUUACUCUAUUUCAUGUUGUUCUAUCAUACAGAAUCUAAUAAAAUACCUUGACAUUUGUGUUUGCAAUUUGAAAAAAAUACGGGUAUGAAAACUUGCAAAGUGCCGUAUGUAAGAGAUAUCCAAAUUAUGAGUCCUAUUACUGGUCAGGUUGACAAUAUAACAGGAGUUAAACCCAACGUGUAGAUAAGGUGCCUAUCAGUGAUACACCUGAGUUUUGCAAUCUAAAAAUAAGCAAUAUUAUACAAUUUUCAAUUAAAGUACAACAAAAACAAUAGGGAAAAUGUAUAUCUUGUCUCACUAUGUUAUGAUUUGUAUGGUUUUAUAUGCAAACCUUGUGACGAAGACGCUUCUUACUUGGUCUAGUGAUGGAGAACACAAUCUGGACAUCCAGGUUAUCCUGAAGGAUUCCUCCUCCUAAUAUAUAAACUCUGUAUAAAGUCUAUUAGAUAGAAACUGGAAUAGAACAAGCUUAGUUCUGUAAUGCCCGUGUUCAGUAUUAUUAGUGCUUUCUUUAAAAAUAUCUUUGGUGAGUUUAUUAUGUGAUUAUGCAAUAAAAGUUGGACUCAAAGGGCUGGCUGCUUCUGCUCUGAAUGAAUCUGAACAUUUGUUUUUGUUUUGUUUUUUUCGCCCACCUGAGGUUUUUUUUUUCUUUUUUUCUAGACUGUGUAAUUCAUCAUAACGUCAUUUUGUUUACAUUUUGUUUACUGUCCUGGAAGUUGUAUUAGGGUAUCUAUGUGUAAAUCUGAAUAAACAAUGUGAACUACA